GCAGCAGUGAGCGCGCCUUCUACUUUCCGUAGAGAUCGCGCGCUUCUUCGUCGGAAUCCCAUCGAUAUUCCCUAUGAUUUUCAAUAAUCUUCGCUCUCUACAUUCUUUCUCUUCGUUCUAACUAAAAUAAAACAAUAUUAUCCAUCAUUAAAUUCCAUUCGUGUAUCGUCUACCGAAAGUGUCUGAGGUUGAAGUUCAAAUCGUGAUCCAGAUAGUUAGUGUGCUUUUGUCAUUUCGUGGAACAUAGUUGUAUCAGCUGUUGCUCCUGGUAAACUUUCAAUCAACUACAGUGAACAAAAAUUCGUCCAAUUUAAAUAUAAUCCAUAAUCAAGUGAUUUUUCACAAAUUGAUAUCUCUGUCUUCGCCGGAAGACACUCGGUUUAAUGAAUGAAAAUGAAACAAUCUCACUGGCGUAUGAAAAAUUUGAGUUAUCUUCAAACUUGACGACGAUUAAGGUGAUACUUUAACUCCAUGGGUUCGAUGAAUAACUACGUCUCGUUAUGGUGCACCAUGAAAGGACUCUGACGAUACAUGGUACGAUGAUACCAUCCGACGUACCCUGAUGAUACCGGUUAGGUGUUGGGGUCCGUCUAUUUCCAGCGUCCAAGUUCCACGUCCUACGACUUUAUCCUGAAAAAUAGCACCGUUACGUCAUUAUCGAUGACGGGUAGGCGCAAAGUGUAGCCGUGUAUGAAGGAAGACGUUAAUGGACCGUGGACGGUGCAUACGAUUAGCCGAUCGAGUAGCUCCAUUAAUAACCGUGCAAGACGCUUUAUAGACUCAGGGAAACGGUUUAAAAAGGACGAGAACCCUCGGCCGGAGGCUCAUUCUCGUUCGUUCGUUUCGUCAAUGAACUCCGAUGUCUGUUAAACGCGCGGUACCUGUGUGUGUGUGAUUAUUCGUCGGAUUAUUCUCGAGGAUCCAGCUGUUACUACUCGUGUCGAGGAUAGAGUAGCCGAGUGUGUUGUGAAGUUUACACGACGACGUGCCAGGUCGGAUAGACCGGAAUCCCAGAAGACGUAGAGAAUCGGUUCGGAAGUGGAGUUUCAAGCUAUCGGAGAACUAAAUUCAUUGAAACUUAUCAGCUAUCUCGGCCAACUUGCUACCCCGCCAACAGGAUAUCCGAAGGGGUGAGAGAGAGGGGUAGGAAUCGUCUAUUCGCUCGCAGCCAGACACAGUCGGCGAGGAUGAAGGGGCUGCUAUUCCUGAUGAGCAUGAUGGCUCGGUUUGUCGCGGCGGAAGUUUUCCUCGGCAACGUCGAUGAGCCGAUCCCGAUGUCAAACGUGUCGGCUGUGGUUGGCUUGAAAGCUGUAAUACCUUGCAACAUUGAUCCAUUGAGAAAAAGCGAGGCGGUGAGCAUGGUUUUUUGGUACAAAGACAAGAGGGAUGGCGAACCGAUAUGCAGCUUGGAUGCUCGCGGCAGAUCGAUAGCUCAGGCGAGGUUCUGGUCAGAUCCAUACGUGUUCGGUAAAAGGGCGACCAUGAGGACGAACGUGGAAUCUGUGAAAUUGGAAAUCAAUCCUUUGGAAGCAACCGAUGCAGGGCUGUAUAGAUGCAGGAUGGAUUACAAAAAUAGUCCGACGAGAAAUCACAAGGUUAACCUCACAGUGAUAGUCCCGCCAAACAAACCGGUGAUUUACACCGGGGUCGGUAGAACUUUGGCUAAUAUGCUGCAACCCUUCAAUGAGGGCAGCGACUUGUCCUUACUAUGCGAAGUAAUAGGGGGUUCACCGCCGCCGAAGGUUACGUGGCACUUUGAAGAGAAAAUAUUGGAUGAUACGUAUAAACUAGAACAUGGAAGCAUCACGAUAAAUGGUCUUCAUAUCAGCAAAAUAAGUAGGGAUUUCCUGAGGGCUAAAUUAAUCUGUCAGGCGAACAACACGCAUCUUGUUCCAGCAUUGACGUCUGAGAUUGUUUUAGAUAUUAAUUUAAAGCCACUAAUAGUGAAUAUCACAAACAAGCGAGCACAUUUAUCGGCGCUAAGAACGUACGAAAUUGAAUGCGUCAGUUCGGGUUCCAGACCGGAAGCUGUGAUCACAUGGUGGAAGGGAAACCACCAGGUGAAACACAUGGCCAGAAAUUUUGCAGAUAGUCCGAACAUUACGAGAAGUAUUUUAAGUUACGUACCUACUAUGGAGGACGAUGGAAAAUAUCUGACUUGUCGGGCAGAGAAUCCAGUUGUACCUGACAGCGCGCUGGAAGACAGAUGGCGGCUGCUAGUUUAUUAUGCACCAAUAGUGACAAUCAAGCUAGGUUCGAGUCUAAAAGCGAACGAUAUAAAUGAGGGGGACGACGUGUACUUCGAAUGCGACAUACAAGCGAAUCCGAAGGCGUACAAGCUGGUAUGGUACAAAGACAGCAAAGAGUUGCAUCAGAAUGCGACUGCUGGAAUUUUUCUUCCAAGCGGGCAAUCUCUAGUUUUGCAAAGCGUGACUAGAAAUUCCGCCGGUGAAUAUUCCUGUAUGGCAGCCAAUGUCGAAGGGAAAUCAAUCAGUAGGCCUGUUACUCUCGAAGUAUUAUAUGCACCGAUCUGCAAGGAAGGUUCGUCUACUCAAGUGGUCGGUGCUUUAAAGCACGAGACGAUCUCGUUGGUAUGUGGAGUACAAUCGAAACCACCGCCCACUACUUUCCACUGGACCUUCAAUAAUUCCGGGGAGCUGAUGAAUGUGCCUGCCAAUAGAUUUACACAUGUCAAACCUCUGAGUCUGAUCACUAGCCACUGGCACGGGUCCAGGUUGAAUUACACUCCGGCGAACGACAUGGACUACGGAACGGUCGCUUGUUGGGCUAAAAAUCGGAUAGGGGUGCAAAAGACGCCGUGUGUUUUUCAGAUCAUCGUGGCCGGGAAACCGUAUCCCUUGCAAAAUUGUACGGCACUUCAGUCGACCGGACCCUAUGCGUAUCGAAUGGGUCACGAGGACUUUAAAGCCACCGACUCGAGAGACGCUGACUGGUUGAUUGUCAAAUGCUCGGAGGGAUUUGAUGGCGGUUUGCCCUUGACUAAUUACGAACUGGAGGUCUAUAGCGAGGAGAACGUUAAUCACGUCAAUAUCAUCUACUUGAACCGCACAGAGAGAUCCAGUUCAUCUGGUCCGGUUUUCGAAGUUCCUGGAUUAGAACCUGGUCGUAACUAUAGGCUACAUCUCUACGCAGUCAAUGCCAAAGGACGUAGUGAUCCUGUUGUCCUUGAACCAGUCACGCUGAAGGGAGUCGCUAUGUAUACCACUGGACGCGAAACUUCGGAGGAGAGCACGGACUAUAGCCUUCUGGUUGCUUGUUUCGCCGGGGGUGUAACAGCUGUCUGCAUCCUGGUCGUCGGUGUAACUCUGACCUUGUAUCGUCGUAGCCAUCCGAUGCAAUCGAUGAAAACGCACACGGAAAUGGUGCAAUACGGGAACAAAGAGGGUAGGGUGGUGAUAACCCCUGUGAGUAAAGAAUCGAGGGAAAAGAUCAAGGGGUCGAUCCCGGUCGACGCGGGGGACGACGACCCGGAUGUUAUUCCAAACAAGGUGGACAAGAGACCGGAUAUCUUCGAGCCGAAUUAUGGGACCACGAAACCGGAAAGGACGAAAGACUUCGGUCGUUUGGAGGAGCUUGAUUAUCCGUCGCCAUCAUCGGUGCUACAUACUAAGAACUCCUGGGUAUAUCCAAAUGGCUACACGGAGAAGACGGAGAAGAGUCUGAGCCCUUUGCGGCCCAGCACACUUCCGGUCCAUCGUAGCCACGAUAUCUACACGAGAAGUUCUCGAGUCCAAGAAAGUUGUAUAUAAACGGUUUCUCGUUCGACUGAGACUCGUAAAUUGAUGGGUCAAUCUUUUUGCUUCAUUGCUCUCUUCGGAUUGUGUUGUGGCGGGUGUGUUGUAUAAAAUCGGAGCGAUGUUUUGUAAUGGAUUUGUUAGUAGAACUACCUGGCAAACCCUUUCCUUGAUCAUGGGCUGGUUAAAGUGAAUAUCAGCCAGAGAAUAUUAUACGAGGUUUGUGUAAAAAAUUUCGUGAUCUUCAUAUUUCUUUUUCAAACAAAAUUAUUUCAUUUUCAUAGAUAAUAAUUUUCAAUCGAUUUAUUAUAAAAUCAAAUAACACUUUUUGAUUCCAUUUGCUAAGGAAGAAAUUAAUUACUGACAUCUCUAAUGAGAAGUGUAGGUAAUACUAGUCAAAUAAUCAUUACUUGUGUUCUAAUCAUUCAAGUAAUAAUUCAUUAGAUUAAUAUUUCUUUAAAAAAACAUAAGCCCAAGAAAAUUUGAAAAAUAAAAUGAACAAUGCUGAAUUCGAUUAAAUCUCCAAGUAAAUGACAAAGUCUCUCACAUCACCCUUUUCACGUCAAAUUGCGAUUGAUUCAUGCCAAAAGCAUCAAACACAAUUAAAGAUGUUUGUAAAUAGACAAUAAAUAUCUUUAAGAUUUCCCCGCUGAGCUAUCAAAGUUUCGACCUUAUUUUUCACCAGGACUAAUUAAUCGUAAGUAGAUAUAAGUAAAGGAGUGUCAGAUUCAUCAUCACGAACGACUCGAUUUACGACGUUUGUACAUAGACAAUAAAAUUUCCUUCCUUAAAUGUUCGUCUCCUUGUCAGAAUCUUCCCGUACUUCCAGCCUCAUUGUGGUCUCGUGUCGAUUAUUUCUUUAAUGAGGAUAAUUGGUGUCUUGUAAGAGUGUGCGUGUUUCAUUUGCGAACGCGUUACCACGUCGCGUUGAAACUCUUAAUGAGCAUGUAAACGUUUGUAUAUAUGGAUAAUAAACCUUGUUGUUUAAUAA